AGUUUCUUGAACUACUGCUCCCAGGACUCCUGGACGUUUCCAGGUUACUUUGCAAAGGCAUGGCGGGGAGAGUGUGAAUAUCGGCAAAGGCGGUAGCCGGAGCGUUUUAAUUCCGGUGCAAAGAGGGCAGAAGAGAAGGGAAGGUAAACAUCAACUUCUCUGCGGAGACUUUCCUUUCAUAUAAACUACAGGAGCUGACAUUCUUCCUGAACACGACGUGGAAGAUCACUUUUACUUAAGUAAAAGGCCGGUCGGUUGUUUAGUGGCUUCUGAAGUUUUGCAAACUGUGGUUACCGUUUUUCCCAAGCGGAGCAGCUCUCUGUGAACAUGAUCUGCACUUUUCUACGCGCCGUACAGUAUACGGAGAGGCUGCACAGGUCCUCGGGGAAACGACUGUUUUUGCCACACUCUGUGCUUCAGAAAGCUGGCUUCAAGACGGAGCCCAGUUUGAGAUGGGGGCUGCUAGAGCAGAGGAAACCUGUGCGACUUAGAUGGAUCCUUGGAAUGACCCAGAAAACCCUCUGGACGCAGGGCCGGAGCCCCCGGAGGGCGCAGGAGGACAGCAGCAAACAAGUGUCUGUGCACAGAAGUCAGAGCGAGGGAACCGCAAUCUCAACGGCACAGAGAGUGAAAGAAGCUGGAAAAGAUUUCACCUAUUUAAUGGUGGUGCUUAUUGGAAUCAGCAUUACAGGUGGCUUGUUUUACGUGAUUUUCAAAGAACUCUUUUCUUCAUUCAGCCCUAAUAAGAUAUACGGGAAAGCCUUAGAAAAAUGCAGAUCACAUCCCGAGGUCAUAGGUGUUUUUGGUGAACCUAUCAAGGGCUACGGGGAGAUGACAAGACGGGGUAGAAGGCAGCACGUCAGUUUUAUUGAAUAUGUAAAAGAUGGGCUGAAGCACAUACGCCUGAAAUUCUACAUUGAGGGCUCAGAGCCAGGGAAGCAAGGAACUGUACACCUGGAAGUGAAAGAGAACCCAGAAAGUGGCGAAUGUGAAUUUCGAUAUGUAUUUGUAGACGUCGAGUCUUAUCCUAGAAGAACUAUUAUCGUUGAAGAUAAUCGAUCCUCAGAUAAUUAAAAGAAUCAAACAAGCAUGAUGGUUACUGGUGAAUGUGUAGUGGCACCAAGUCACAGCUCUGACUCUUCACAGCUUUCGUUCAGAAUCUGUUUGAGUAGGAUAGGAAAGAGUGUAUCUAUCCUAAAGGCAAAUGAAACGGCAUAUUUGUUGCAUAUGAUAGACUAAAUUGAAGGUUUUCUCAUAGAGUAAAAAACCACAAACUAGAACAUAUUUUAUGUUACCUUAUCAGUUGCCAGGCAUGGGCAGUAUUUCUGCUCUACUUACCAUCAUCUUUCAUAAUAAGAAAUUUUUGUUAUUGAAAAUUGUAUACCAUGUAAAUAAAUAAAAUGGAUUUCAGUAUUUUA